AUGAACAAAUUUGGCGGCAGAAAGGAUAAAGAUAAGGAAACUUCACACAAACGAGAUAAAUCAAGAGACAACAAGUCGGCCGAAAAAUCUACCGAGAAGAAGAGUCGAUCAGUUUCCGACAUUUUCACCUCAUUGUUUGUUCAUAUCAGAAAUUCGAAGUCGGAGAAGGAACAAGAUGAAGACCAGGAAAAGAUUUCUCGGAUCAGAAGCUUAUUGGAAUCCGAUGGACACAAUGAUGUGAAAGACGAUCAAGUUCUGUUUUGUCUCAAUUCAAUUUAUGCCAAUGGAAAUGUCGAGAAAGCACAUCAAAUUUUGCUAGUGUUCCAUAACUCGCUCUCCGGGGUCAUAUAUCCAUAUGAUCCAAAAAUAACAAUGCUCGGAGCACAGAAUUCUCGUGGAGUUACCUGUUGGCUGGAUUCUUUUCUAGCUUCAUUGUUUACAGUCCCUACUCAAUUUCAAGAACUACUCAACAACUUCUACGAAGAUCCUCUCAAACAAAACCUGAUCCAAUUGAUUAGAUUAUGGGUAAACCUCAUGAGAUCGGGCAUUUUGAUUGAAGUUAACAUCACCGAGCGCAUCCUGGAUAGUUUGAUCGAAUGCGGCUGGGACGACUUGGAUAAACUCAAAGAGCAAGACCCGACUGAGGCACACAUGAAGAUUGGAGAUAUUCUCGAUUGGCCAAUGCUUGACUUAAGAGUCGAUUAUGAACAUGGUGGUAUCCGCGAAAAGGAUGAUCAUAGAACCUCGAAAGAGCGGACGCUUCCAAUCUCCAUUUCAACCGAUCAUGAGGGGCCAGGUCGUUUGCGGCUCGAAGAAUGUAUUGAACGGUCCUUGUUGUCUUUAGUCAAAAUUCAAAGACGCGUCGAACCCGACGAUGACGACCGAAAACCAGUCCCAGAACACGUGGAGACCGCAGAAGCCGAACCUAAUACUGACAAAAAGCCAACCUCAGAACAUGUCGAGAACACAGAAGCCGAAUCGGACACUGUAUCUCCAGGCCACGUGGAGAUGAAUGGCCAGUCAUCUUCCCAAAACCAUCUCACUCGGGAGGUCACACAUGAUGGAGGGUCAUUAAACCGUACGACGAGUCGCAUGUCUACGCGUAAAGAAAGAGAAGUCGACGCGUUUAUAUUAUCUAAGCUGAUUCGUCCGUCCAGCAGUUGGUCUCCGAUUUCUUGCCAUUUAAAUUCAAAUAUUGCUCCACUUAAGACCGUACCUGUACUAAUUGGUGAUAUAGUUUGGUUUUCUAAACCCGCUCCUGCAAACAAUCGAGAAUUCGUUGAACGGAUCAAACAAAACCAUAAUCCAAUGCUAGGAUUUGAUUUGAAAAGAUAUCACAAUGUGGAGGGACCAGACGGCAAAGAAGUUCUGAAAAAGAAUAACACCCAUGUUGAUAUCCCAAAGAAAAUGAAACUACCACCACACUUGGUCCAUGAAUAUGAAGGUUCAAACGAGGUAGCAAUCUCGGAUUGUUUCGAGCUGGUACUUCGAUCGAUGAUUUGCCACGAAGGAUCACUCGAAAGUGGACACUAUAGAUCGCUAAUUCGCUUAGAUGUGGAGACCAAUGGUGGCUUGGAUUCUGUACAACCGAAAGAUGGUCAACAUCCACCAGCUUAUGUUGAUGACUGCUGGAUAGUUCACGAUGACAUUGCAAAGGGGGGGCGAGUAGCCAAAGUAGACAUUGAUGCAGCUCUGAAGCAGGACAGCAAAUACGGAAUGCCAGUCACUUUGUGGUAUGAAUUUGUUCCCAUUCUGGCGAACCUUUCCCCAGAAGAUUUGGCAAGAUUUUCAGACAAUACGACACCUCCAUCGUACACAUAUUCUUCUGUUCCAAGUAUAGAUGUACAGAUUUCCAAGGCCAGCCCAGAUUUAAACAGUGGCAGCGGCGAUGACGAAGGAUAUUUUACCCCACCACCGAACGAUCGUUCGAACUCUGUUGUCAGAUUUUCAUCCGAGAUUGAUCGAUCCCGUAGAAGUCUCAAUCUUCCUGAUGAUGACAGAAGAGGAAGCGUUGCGGCCACGGAUGCGAGUAGUGUCAGCGUUGAAAAAUCAGACAACGAAUCAGCUCCUGCUACGCCAGGUGAGGAGCCGGUCAGUGCCAGAACUUCAAGAACAUUUCGGAGGAGCAAGGCAUCUCGGAGUCGACCACCAAGUUCCUCGAACGAAAAACCCGAAAACCGUAGGUCAUACUUUAAAGACUUGAUUACACGGGCAAGUAAAGAGUCUUUACAAAAGCCAGACACGAGCAAAGAAUCUAUACCUGCUGUGCCUGCUCUGCCUAGUCUAGGAUUAGAUGGUCCUGUCGACUCUAGUACUAAUGGAGAUCUCGCGAAACCUGCUGAGACAAGUGGUGGAAUAUCCCGUAAAGGCAGCAAGAAGGGUAAAAGGCGAAGCAAGGAUACCACGGACAUGGAUGCCAAAGAUAAGGACAAAAAUUCGGAUCAUUCAGAUAGAGUUUGUAAUAUUAUGUGA